UCCUAAUCCAGCCCUCGUGCUACAGUAGAGAGUGGCUACAGUAGAGAGUGGCUACAGUAGAGAGUGGCUACAGUAGAGAGUGGCUACAGUAGAGAGUGGCUACAGUAGAGUGCUUCAGUGUGGUCCUGUCACUGUGUAGGCAUGAAGAUGGAAUCCCAUGGACAUUGUGUUCUGUUGGCCCUCCUGCUUGUGUCUAACGUUCUAAUCUGUGUACACGCUCAGGAGGGGGAGGAGGUGACUGAGACAUGGACAGGACGAGCCUGUAAGUGUGACUGUGAGGGGGCAGAAUCCCCAACCCAGUUCACUUCCCUCUCCCCCACCCCACCACGUGUCAUGGAGUGCAUGCCAGAGUGUCCGUACCACAAGCCCCUGGGUUUGGAGGCUGGAUCAGUCAGACCAGACCAGAUCAGCUGCUCCAACGAGGAUCAGUACACUGGCUGGUUCUCCUCCUGGCUCCCCAGCAAUGCCAGACUCAACAACCAGGGCUUUGGGUGUGCUUGGCUGUCUAAGUUCCAGGACAACAGCCAGUGGUUGCAGAUUGACCUGAAGGAGGUGAUGGUGGUGUCUGGUAUCCUGACCCAGGGGCGCUGUGACGCUGACGAAUGGAUCACCAAGUACAGUGUCCAGUACCGCACCGACCAGAAUCUCAACUGGAUCUACUACAAGGACCAGACGGGGAACAACAGGGUGUUCUACGGGAACUCGGACCGCUCCUCCUCGGUUCAGAACCUCCUGCGUCCUCCCAUGGUAACUCGCUACAUCCGUUUGCUCCCUCUGGGCUGGCACACACGUAUCGCCAUCCGCAUGGAGCUGCUGCUCUGCAUGAGCAAGUGUACCUGAUUCUGUCUGUCCUGACGACCAGGGUCACACUCAGCAGGGUACAACACCGUGGAACGUUCAGACAGAAAAUGUAAUGAAUAGAACUGACAUGAUUCUUCUACAUGACUAGAAGUCAUAUUGGUUCUACACAAUAUAUUUCUAUGUGACGGUCCUGUAAUGAUACACCAUCCUGAACAGCCCCAAGGAGAGCCCUGGUCGUUCCCCUGGUCGUUCCCCUGGUCGUUCCCCUGGUCGUUCCCUAUGCCAAGGUGGAAUCUACUGCUCUGGAAACCCUAGUUUCCUUUCCUUCCCCAAAUGGUUAAGUAAUAUCUCUCUCCCAGGGAUGGGGUUUAUAUGUGUGAAAAGGUCCAUUCUGUUUUCAGAUUAGAUGUGUUACAACAACAGUUUUAUUUAUGAUUAUUUUUUUUACACUGAACAUAAAGGGGUGGAUGGUCAGGUGUUUCCACUUGGGUGAGGAAGAGUGGAUAAAUACACGCCUGUGAACCGACAAACACACAGAAACUGGGGAUGAUUAUGUGAUGAGGAAAGCUCAGAUAAAGAGAAGACCAGUCCUGUGGUUAACUGGAUGUUGUGUACUGUACUGUACUGUGCUGUACUGUACUGUGUUGUGUACUGUGCUGUACUGUACUGUGCUGUGCUGUACUGUACUGUACUGUACUGUACUGUGCUGUGUUGUGUUGUGUUGUGUUGUGUAUGUAGUUUGUGACAUCAGUGAUGUAGAGGUAUCGUUCGUUGCUUGUUUUAUUGUAUUCAUUUAAAGUUGACCAAAACCAGUUCCUGAAAUAAAGACAAACUCUUGUA